UAACACAACCUUUCUCACUCUACUUAAUUUACUCUAAUGUAUUUCAACUCUUCUCUCUCUCUCUGUCUGUCUGUCUGUCUCUCUCUCUCUCUCUCUCUCUCUGUCUCUGUGCAAGUGGCAAAGGUAUGGAAAGAAUGUGUGAUGUCCCCUGUAUCUGAGGCAGUUGUCUUUUAGAAGCUAAGAAGAGAGAGUGAAGGAGUUUUGAGCUUUAAUUUAUAAUGCCAGUUCCACUUGCCCCAUAUCCAACUCCUCCAGCACCAUACACGCCACCUGCAAAUGGUGCACAGAGCCAACUUGUGUGCUCUGGAUGUAGGAACCUUUUACUCUAUCCGGUUGGAGCCACCUCUGUCUGUUGUGCAGUUUGUAAUGCAGUCACUGCUGUGCCACCUCCUGGCACAGAAAUGGCACAGCUGGUUUGUGGAGGAUGCCACACCCUACUCAUGUAUAUCCGCGGAGCAACGAGUGUACAAUGUUCUUGCUGUCACACUGUAAAUCUAGCCUUGGAAGCAAAUCAGGUGGCGCAUGUCAAUUGUGGGAACUGCAGGAUGCUGUUAAUGUAUCAAUAUGGAGCAAGAUCUGUGAAAUGUGCGGUUUGCAAUUUUGUCACAUCAGUUGGGGUGUCGACGAGCACUCCCGAACAGAAAUUCAGCAACUAAAAAUUAUCAUACACCACAUAAAGCUGGCUAUUACAAUGCUACAACCUUGGUUUUGCAUCUCAUAGUAGUUUUCCUCCAAGAUUGCAUCUCUCAGUGAGAACAGAAUGUCCUGCUUCUCACAUGUAUAGAGUUAUUUUUUUAUUUUCUUUCUUGCGUGAUCCUUGUAUGAAUAAGUAGUUAUGUCAAGAUUGGAUGUAUGAGAAUAUUGAACAAGAGAAGAGAGACUACUAGAAUUUGAGUGAAUUUGGAAGUCUUUGGAUAAGAUUUACUUAAUU